AAUAUGUAUGUCGCGUAUCACGUAUCAGCUGUCAUUAUGUACAAGUUGGCCAUUCUUGUUUGUUCGCUCGGGCUGGCGGCAGCCACGCCGUCGGUAGUGAGGAGUCGAGAGGAGAUUCAGGCGUUUAGAUCCUUCUUGGAAAGCACCAAGAUUACUACUGACGAUGGAGAGCUAUUCCUUGCUCGCUCCAAGGCGAACCCGCUGGCCAACCCUGAGGAAAACAGCGGCAAAUACGAGGGUGAUAUCAUCUUGGAUGACUUCAUCAUGGAGAACAUGAUCCAGGAGUACGCGUUGGGUCGCAACGCGUACACUUGGCCCAACACUAAGUGGCCUGAAAACACUGUUGUUUGGGAAUUUGGAGCGGGCGAGUUCGGACCCCAGCAGCAAGCCGCCAUCUUGGAAGGUAUCAGGGACAUCGAGGAGAAAACUUGCGUCCGAUUCCGCUACAGGCAACCCGGUGAUACAGUGUAUGUGAGAGUUACUGGUGGUUCUGGUGGAUGCUACGCCCACGUCGGCUACUGGGAGUCGCGCGGUGUCCACACCAUGAACCUCGCCCGCAACACCCCAGGCGUCGGCUGCUUCCGUCACGCCACCAUUGUCCACGAGUGGAUGCACAUUAUUGGCUUUCUGCAUAUGCAGUCCACCUACAACCGUGAUGACUACGUGAGGAUCGUUCAGGAGAAUAUCUCACCUGGCACUGAAAACAACUUUGCUAUCUACACCUCUGAUCUGGUAUCCAACCUGAACGUUGAAUACGACUACGUGAGCUGCCUUCACUACGGACCGUACGCUUUCAGCAACAACGGCCAGCCCACUAUUGUCGCCCUGCAGGAGCAUGAAGGCCAAAUGGGACAACGCGUGUACAUCACAGAAAGGGACUGGCUGCGAAUCAACAGGCACUACAAUUGCGCAGGCGCAUGGGAUUAAACAUAAAUUAAUAAUUUAUUACAAGCAUGUAGAAAUUUAUUAUUUAUUUUUUAAGCAUCAAAUAAAAUUUGACUGAUAUAUAAUUAUUUUUUUGUAAAA